AUUCCCCUCCGCCAGCCCCGCUGCCGCCGGCAGGAAAACGCGUCGCGAUCGCUGGACCCCCGGAGCUACCCCGGCUGGGUGUCUCUGCGCCCUCUCCUGCGCCUGAGGAUGCUGGACGUAGACUACGCGCAGUUUGAAGGAUCCCAGUAUGGAUAUAUGUUUCCCAAUGGAUGCCUCUAUGAUCUGGAGUCAUGCAAACAAGAACCCAUCUUUUACUCCUGUGCCGCAGACGCUGAGAGCUCCCCUGAGUCUUGCAUGAACUGGCUGGAAACACAGGAGCCUGGAUACGAAUCCUUUGAGGUGGGGCACCUGGCCCAGUUGCAAAAUGUCCAAGCCUCUUACCCACAGCACUCCCUGGACACGGUCUAUAGCCAGGGUGGAAUGAUACCUACGGAGAACACCUGCCUGGCUUACAAGGAAGAAUGCAACAGUCAGAUCUACCUCCCCUACUAUGGCCAGUAUCCUGUGCCCAGGGAAGUUUCGAGCCCAUCAUCUGAAGAGGAGGAAUUCCAUGGAGAGAGCCGGAAUCUGGAAGUGUCCUCUGACAGUGAUUUGGAAGACAGUUUCUCUCCUGGGUUUGAUUCAGGCUCCCGCCGGAAGCUGCGCCUUUACCAGUUCUUGCUUGAGCUCCUGGAACGCGGAGACAUGAAGGAAUGUGUGUGGUGGGUGCAACGCGAGGCAGGCAUCUUCCAGUUCUCCUCCAAGCACAAGGAGAUCCUUGCACACCGCUGGGGACAGCAGAAGGGCAACCGCAAGAAAAUGACCUACCAGAAGAUGGCCCGGGCCCUGCGCAACUACAGCAAGACAGGCGAGAUCCGCAAAGUGAAGAAGAAGCUCACGUACCAGUUUGGAACCUCACUGCUGGGUCAGUCGGCCCCUUCCUAAGGAGUACAGAACUGGGACGGUAUCACUCAGAAACAGACCUCCAAGCAGACCUCCCCUCUUUAUGGGUUUUCCCUGCAACCCCAUUUCUGGACUGUAUCAGUCAAGCUGCAUGAAGGCAUUCACUCCAUGGUGGAUACAGAUAUGAAGAAAAAGAAAAGAAAAAGUGUCCGUAUCAGAUACCAAAGGGAAGGCUGGAUGGAAAGGUGCCCAGAUCCUAUAUUGGAGAGGGUGGGGGUGUUUCUGCACUUUAGUGGGAAGGUUCGGGGACCAAUUCUAACAUAUCUGGGGUUUGGGACUGGGGUCAGAGUUUGGAAAUAAUGUGUUACAGGCAACACAUCUAAUUGCAA